UUCUCUCUUCGUUGGCCAUCAUUGUGUGUUCUUUUGACUGCCAUCUUCGACAUGUCUUCUCAUAAGACUUUUAGAAUCAAGCGAUUCCUGGCCAAGAAGCAAAAACAGAAUCGUCCUAUUCCUCAAUGGAUUCGAAUGAAAACUGGCAAUAAAAUCAGGUACAACUCCAAGAGGAGACAUUGGAGAAGAACCAAGCUGGGUCUGUAAGGAAUGGCACAUGAUGGCACGCAUUUUGAUUCUGUACCAAGUUCACUAGCACCUUCAAGUGGAAAGAGUUCCCCUUUCUGAACAGCUGGACUUAUUUUUUGGGGGAAAAUCCUGGCAUUUCUUUGCUUUUAUGUUUCUGCAUAAAUAAG